GUGGUGCAUUGGGUAAUUACAGCAUUAGCUUUCCACUUGACCAUUGACAAAAUUCGGAGGGAUGCUGGUCGUGGAAAGCUCGUGUGCUUUCUGCCUACAGAAUUCCAGGUGUGUUUGCCCAUGCAAAAUAUGAUGGAUGAUGGAGGAAUCCACUGGUUUUUAGCUAUUAUUUUACUGGACGAGGAACAAGUCCAAAUCCUGGAUCCAUUUCCAUCACGGGAGCGGAUAACAGUCCGUAUGAGUGUGGUGGAAACACGGGUAUCUUUAGAAUUUUUGCCUAAAACCAAAGAUUAUAUGUGCCAACUAAAUUACGUAUUUCAAUAAACUUGUUUGUAACUUUUGCAGAUUGAGUUUGUGGACGACUUGUUCAAGGCUUUGUAUAAGGAAGUGGAAACCAUAUGUGCACCACCAAAGAUUAAGGAGUUUUCUUGGUCAACUCCUUCACAUACAGAACAGCAACACAAGAAUGAUAGUGGGGUUUGGGUGUGCGUCUGGAUGAUGGGUGCAUCCUGGGAUUCUCACUAUGGCAUUUGGCCUUGUGGUGAUAGGAGGAGAAUGCAUGUGGC